GUUCCCGUUGCCAUGGCUCCCAGGUGCGGACGCGCCGAGGCGAGACUAGGAGGCGUCCAGGGAGUCCUUGGGGGUCCUGGUCGAGGUUCCCGGGCCCGCGAACCCGAGAGGCGCCAUGGGACGGAUCACGGAAGAUCUUAUUAGACGGAAUGCCGAGCACAAUGACUGCAUAAUUUUUUCCCUGGAGGAACUCUCCUUGCAUCAGCAAGAAAUAGAAAGACUAGAACAUAUUGACAAGUGGUGCCGGGAUUUAAAAAUCCUCUAUCUUCAAAAUAAUCUCAUUGGAAAAAUUGAAAAUGUUAGCAAACUCAAGAAACUUGAAUAUUUGAAUUUAGCUUUAAACAACAUUGAAAAAAUUGAAAAUUUGGAAGCAGGAUGUGAAGGGCUGACAAAGCUUGACCUGAUGGUAAAUUUCAUUGGAGAGCUGAGCAGCGUGAAAACCCUUCAACACAACAUCCACCUGAAGGAGCUCUUCCUCAUGGGAAACCCCUGCGCUGACUUUGACGGCUACAGACAGUUCGUGGUGGCCACUCUUCAACAACUAAAGUGGUUGGAUGGUAAAGAAAUUGAGCGUUCAGAAAGGAUUCAGGCAUUACAGGACUUUCCAGUAGUUGAACAACAAAUCAGAGAGCAGGAGAAAGCUUACUGCCUCAAACGAGCCAAGGACAAGGAAGAGACUCAGAGGAAACUGCAGGAGGAGGAAAACGAAGGCGAGAAGGAGGGAAGGCACACAGGCUUUGAUGGACGUUGGUACACAGACAUCGGUGCUGCUCUCCCAUCUUCUGAAGAGAGCAAAGACGACGUCCAGGCACCAGAAAUACAAGAAGGGGAAUGUAAGAAAAAGAAAUUAGACAACGGUGAAGACGACCUGGAAUUCUGGAAUAAGCCCUCUUUGUAUACUCCUGAAUCUAGAUUGGAAACUCUGAGACAUAUGGAAAAACAACGGAAAGACCAAGAAAAAUUAAGUGAAAAAAAGAAGAAAGUGAAACCACCCAGGGUGCUGAUCUCUGAGAAUGGAAGAGCCCUGAAUGUAAAUGAGCCCAAGCUUGACUUCUCUUUGAGAGAUGAUGAAAAGCGUAACCAGAUUGUCCUGGACCUGGCUGUGUAUAGGUAUAUGGACACCUCUUUAAUCGAUGUUGAUGUACAGCCAACUUACGUGCGAGUGAUGGUCAAAGGCAAGCCAUUUCAGCUGGUCCUUCCUGCAGAAGUCAAACCUGACAGCAGCUCUGCUAGAAGAGCUCAGACAACAGGACAUCUGGUGGUCUACAUGCCCAAGGUGGGCGAAGUAAUCACAGGUUGUCAAGGAACAUCAAAGCCAGUGAAAAGCACGCCAGACGGCAGCAGGGAGCAGACAGACAAAAGAAGCCAGCAAAUGGAGAGACUAGAAGUAGAUCCCAGCAAGCGUGCCUUCCCUGAUGUGGCUAACAUAGUUCAAGAGAAAAAACACACGCCCAGAAGAGUUCAAGCUGCACCCAAAAUUAUACCAAGCGAGGAAGAUCCAGACUUUGAAGAUAAUCCCGAAGUGCCUCCGUUGAUUUGAAAACUUCAGGCUGCACUGACUGUGACCCGCCAGACCCAGAUUUGCUCAGUGCAGAGAGUGCGUGUAUGUUAUUUCUGGGGUAAACACAGUUAUUUUCAACAUUACUCCUCCAAUGUUUUAGGUCCUACUUUGUACAUUAAUAUUCUCAAACCAGUUUACAAUUAAAAUGUGUACCUUCAAAAUGCUAUAA